AUGGACCACCCACUGUUAUACGGGUUUCUGUCGCUGCUUGCCGUGGGUGUUGUAUGUGUGUACCUAGCUCUUCUUUUCUGGUCGCCGCCGCCGAUAAUAACCCGUCCUUCAGAGAAGAACUACCGAUCGCGUUUAUCUCCCAAAAAACCCAUACCGCUACCAUCACUCAGCGGACCGAGCGAAGUCGACCUGACGGUCGUGAUCCCGGCGUACAAUGAGACAUCGCGGCUUCCGUCGAUGCUCUCGACGACGAUAGACCACCUUACCUCCGUCUCUGCGAAAUCUAAGCGCACGUAUGAGAUCCUGGUCGUCGAUGACGGCUCUUCGGACGAUACGACGGCGCUCUCUUUGACACUUGCGGGCCAGUAUCCGAAGAGCGAUAUACGGGUCGUGACGCUCGAGAAGAAUUUGGGCAAGGGAGGCGCUGUGAGGCAUGGGAUGUUGCAUGGACGGGGAAAGCGGCUGCUGAUGGUGGAUGCUGACGGGGCGAGUCGGUUUGAGGAUUUGGAGUUGCUGUGGAAAGCUAUGGAUGACCUUGCUCCUGGAGAUGGACCGUCAUUCGUCGUAGGAAGUAGGGCGCAUCUGGUCAAGACUGAGGCGGUCGUGAAGCGCUCGGUACUACGCAACAUCCUCAUGUACGGGCUGCACACGAUCCUGCGCAUCGUCGGCGUCGGGCACAUCCGUGAUACGCAAUGCGGAUUCAAGCUCUUCUCGCGCGCCGCAGCACAGCAGAUCUUCCCCGCGCAGCAUCUACCGACGUGGAUAUUCGACGUGGAGUUGCUGCUGCUGGCGAAGGAGCUGGGGAUACCUGUAGCUGAGGUGCCGGUGGAGUGGCAUGAAGUUGCGGGGAGCAAGUUGAAUGUAGUGACUGCGUCGUUGGAAAUGCUGAGAGACCUGCUGAUCCUGAGGGCAAACCAUGUCCUCGGACGGUGGGGUCCCAGCAGGAGCAAGACACAAUAA